GUCGGAGCUUCAAGGUUAUCAGGAAUCUGUCAACUGUCAGACACUGUCCAUAGUUACGCAGUGGCAAAUACUAACAGUACAUCACUGCCGCCUGCGGAACGUUAUCAUCAAACCAAAAGUCGCGCAAGUAGCGGCAGUAUUUUGUCACUUUAAAGCAGUUGAGACUAAUUAAGAAACAAAUACUGUCACAACGUUACGUGCUAACCUACUUUCAUUGCAAGCACUCUUCUUUUAAAAUUAUAUUGGCACUUUUGCAAGGGCAACAAGUUUUAAAGGUUUUCCUCUAAACAAAAAAAUGCGUUUGAUAAUCUUGGACGACACAGCGGCCGUAGCGGACUGGGCGGCUCGGUUCGUCCUCCAGCGAGUGACCGAGUUCGCGCCGUCAGCGGAGCGCCGGUUCGUGCUAGGGCUCCCCACGGGUGGAACUCCGCUGGGAAUGUACAAACGACUCAUACAGUUUUACAAGGAGGGACGCAUCUCGUUCAAAUACGUCACUACCUUCAACAUGGACGAAUACGUCGGUCUGCCUCGCGACCACCCGGAGUCCUAUCACUACUACAUGUGGAACGAGUUCUUCAAGCACAUAGACAUAGAGCCGAGCCAGGCUCACGUGCUGGACGGGAACGCGCCCAACCUCGUGGACGAGUGCACCAGGUUCGAGAAACUCAUCAAGGAAGCUGGAGGGGUGAAUCUCUUCAUCGGAGGUAUCGGCCCUGACGGGCACAUAGCAUUCAAUGAGCCGGGUUCGUCGCUCGUGUCCCGCACUCGCGCAAAGACCCUCGCCUACGACACGUUGGAGGCUAACAAACGUUUCUUCGGUAACGACAUCUCGAAGGUUCCACGGCAGGCGCUCACUGUCGGAGUCGGAACAGUCAUGGAUGCCAAGGAGGUUAUGAUAUUAAUAACGGGUUCUCAUAAAGCGUUGGCGUUGGCGAAGGCGGUGGAGGAGGGGGUGAAUCACAUGUGGACCGUGUCCGCCUUCCAACAACACCCGCAGGCCCUGUUCGUGUGUGACGAGGACGCCACGCUCGAGUUGAGAGUCAAAACUGUCAAAUAUUUCAAGGCGCUGAGCGACGAGCACCAGAAGAUGAUAGCCUCCGCCUCUGUGACGCAGCAGCACGUGCUUCACUGACGACGGAGAACAGCGUGUACAGAUAGCCUGAUGGCGGAACACAACAAGCUGGUAAGCAAAGCGUGAAGCAUUCCACUGAGACUUUAUUACUGUACAGGUUUUUAUUAACGCAAAUAACAUGUUCUUAUAUAUUUUUUCGUAAAGCUCUAUAACAUGAAAUAUAUAAAUAUUAUACGAA